AUGGUUUUGGAUAUCAAUUUAUUUAGAACUGAAAAAGGAGGUAACCCAGAAAAAAUUAAAGAGUCUGAAAAGAACAGAUUUAAUGAUGUAAGUAAUGUAGAUAAAGUUAUAGAAUAUGAUGAGAAAUGGAGAAAGAGUAUAUUUAAAUUAGAGGAGUUAAAAAAAAACAUUAACCUAAUAAAUAAAACAAUAGGAAAUAAAAAAAAAGAAGAUAAAAAUGCUAAUGUUGAGGAUUUGAAACAAAAAAGUUUAAGCAUGAAAGAAGAAAUUCCAUUGAUCCAAAACGAAGAAAAACAUUUAUUAAAACAAAGAAAUACAUAUUUAGCAAAAGUAGGAAAUAUAUUAAGUAGUAAAGUUGUAAUUAAUAAUGAUGAAGAACAUAAUAAAGUGGUGCGAACAUGGGGAGAAUGCAAAAAUUAUGAACCAACCGAUUUAGAAAAAAGUGAUACAAAGAAAGUAGGUACUCCUAAUACUAAAAGAGAAGUAGGUAACAAUAAUGAUGGACAAAAUAAAGUUAGUAUAAUAAGUGAAAUAAAAAAGAAAUAUUAUUAUCAUUAUGAUUUGCUAAGAAAAAUAGGGGGAGUGAAUUUUAAGAAAGGAGUUUUAGUAGCUGGGCAUAGAGGUUAUUAUCUUACUGGUGCAGGUUUUUUAUUAAAUAAUGCUAUUAUGCAAUAUGCCAUAAAUUUUCUUGUGAAUAAAAAAUAUACACCUGUAUAUCCUCCGUUUUUUAUGAAAAAAACCAUAAUGGAGGAAUGUGCAGAGUUAGAUGAUUUUGAAGAAACAUUGUAUAAAAUAAGCUCGUCAAGUGUUGCUAGUGCUGAGGACCCGAAAAUUGCUACAAAUAAUAACAAUAAUAAUAUUUCAAAUGAAAAAUCAAAUAGAGACGACUUAUUUUUAAUAGCCACAUCUGAACAACCACUAUGUGCAUUACACAGAGAUGAAACAUUAGAAUCAAGGUAUCUGCCUUUAAAAUAUGUAGGUAUUUCUUCCUGUUUUAGAAAAGAAGCAGGGGCACACGGAAAAGAUAUUAGAGGUAUAUUGAGAGUUCAUCAAUUUGAUAAAGUCGAGCAAUUUUGUAUUUCUUUACCACAAACAAGUUAUAAAUUACAUGAAGAAAUGAUAAAAACUUGUGAAGAAUUUUAUCAAUCUUUAAAUAUUCCAUACAAAAUUGUAAAUAUCGUAUCAGGAGCUCUCAAUAAUGCUGCUGCCUUAAAAUAUGAUAUCGAAGGAUAUUUCCCUAGUAGUGGACAAUAUAGAGAAUUGGUAUCAUGUAGUAAUUGUACAGAUUAUCAAAGUAUUAAUUUAAAUAUUAGAUAUACCGAUUCAAAUAUAAAAAUAGCAGGCAUUACAAAAAGUUCAAAAGAUAAGAAUGAUGAAAAUGCUAAAGAUGAAACAAGAGAUGAAUAUGUUGAUAGUGAAUAUGAAAAAUUUAAUCAUGAUUUUCCUGUUGAAAAUAAAAAUUAUGUUCAUUUAUUAAAUGGUACUAUGGUAGCUGGACAAAGAUUUUUAUGUUGUCUUUUAGAAAAUUAUCAAAAUGGAGAAGGUAUUAUGGUCCCUGAAAAAUUAAGACCAUACAUGAACACUGAUUUUAUUCCAUUCAUAGAAUAA